GCCCCUCCCGAAGCCGGUGCGGCCCCCGCUUCGGAGCCUCGGCUGUGCCAGCGCGGGGUCGGGGGACCGCGCCGAGUCUCCAGUGCUGCAUCGCCGCUGCGCCGGCGACGUCGGCGCCGCACCGGCGCGGUCGGCGCGGACAAAAAAGCGGGGAGGAGGAGGAGGAGGAGGAGGAGGAGGAGGAGGAGGAGGAGGAGGCGGGCGCCACGCCGAGCCACGUCGACGCCGCAUCGGCGGUGCGGCGCCACCCUCCGGCCCCGCCUGCGCUCGAGCCCCACGCGCGAGGCCCGAGGGCCACCGAGCCCCCGCCGCUCUCGGGACCCCGUCGGCGCCGAGGAGCCCUUGGGAUGGCCCAGCGGCAGCACACGGGGGCGGCCCCGGGCAGGACGGGCCUCUGGUGCGCGGCUCCGGGGGGGGACGUCGACGCCCGCCGCGCCCGAGGCGCGCUCACUGCACCCCCCAUGGGCCGGCGAGGGCAGCCACGACCGGCCGAGGGCCGACCCUGGGCUGGCUCGGGCUUCGGCAGGCCUGGGCUUCCGCGGGCCGGGGGCCCGGGGGCCCGAGGCGAGAGGGCGGGGGGGCAGGCACUCGUGCGGACAUCCAGGCGGGGCCGCCUUCGCCUCCCGGCUUCAUAGAACAAUGCCUGAUGAUGUGGAACGCUGGUCCCUCAGGCAGGGCCAGCCAAAAGUCGCGAAUGCUCGCCUCGCUUCCCUCC